CAAGAGUGAAGAUUAGCUAGUUAAGCUUUCCGAUUCAUUCAUUAUGAAGGUUUAGAAUUCAGGCGACUUUUGUAAGACGGAUUUCACCCGUUUCAUUUACUUGCUUGCUUUUUAUUACAGUAAUAGUUGGGAGACUUUAUAGCCUGUGUAUCUGCGUGCAGACAGUGUAAGUGUAUUUUAUGAUUCGCAUGUUUGAUGAGACGUCAUAUUUAUAUUUCAAUUUUCAGUUAAUCUAUAAUCACUUAACUAUGCACGAGUUAGAGAUGCAUAUCAACGACUGAUCCUUUCGACAUUUCUUGACUGUUUUACAAACAAUGGAAGGAAUUGAACCCAUAAAUGACACAAAUGCUGAUGUUUUCAACGAAAAUAUUGAGUUCAAGAAUGGCAAGACAUCCUGGCCAGGACAAAAGACUCUUGCUGCACUGGGAAGAUUUCAGAUACGAAAGAGAAGAUCGUCACUCUAUGACGGAUCAUUCCAACUCCAGUUAGCGAAUGGUGAACUUGUGUUUCCAAGAGGGAAAAGUAACCUUGUAGCUAAGUACACCUAUGUUCCAAUUGGAACUAACGCCGGCUCUGUCCUGAAUUAUCUUCUGGAAACUGCUAACCUAAAGCUGCCAAUUCUAGGGUUCUCCAUUCCACAUACGUCACAGAGAGCCAAUGAAAAAUCUGAAGUGAUUAAUGUUUUCCAUGGAAUAAUUCAGACAGCAAUUAAUAUGAAUUCAUGGAUUCUAACAUCUGGAACUGAAGAAAGUGUACCAAGCGCAGUUUCAUUGGCACUGAAGGAACACAUAAUUAAGUAUGAAAGCAAACCCGUUACCAUUGGUAUUGUAUCAACGUCACUCCUUUAUGAUGACGUGUCCGACGUCAUUGAUGGAAAGCCAGUAACAUAUACUGUAACAAAGGGAGAUCAACUUGAUGCUACUCAUUCACCUUCGUUAAAAAGAUGA